AUGGCAGAUUUGGAAUUGUUGUUGGUCCAGUUCGUAUCGAGACGUCUUGGGCACCUUGAGGGCGCUGGCUUAACUUGGGACUUUGUUCGGGUUGGAAGGUGGUCAAAGUUACACGAGAGGCUGCUAAAUUGGCUCUCAGUUGGCGAGGUGUUUGGGAGACGUGACCCAUUGCCACGUAAACCGUUCCGUUCUGGUCGACGAUACAUUUUUGACCACUGGACGGAGUACCGGGUACACUUGACAGAAAGCCAUCGGAGGGUAAAUUCUAAAAUGAAGUGA